AGCCCUGGCGACUAGCGGAGCUUUGCAAACUGGAAAGAGGGCUGCUUGGGUCGCCUGGCCCUUGGCUGCCAUGGCCCGGCACAGGCUCAUCUUGCUCGGGCUGUGCUUGGCUAGCUUCCUCCUUCCCCCUGCUCAGGGCUGCGGCCCAGGCAGGGGGCCGGUGGGACGCAAGCCCUACACACGCAAGAACCUGACCCCGUUGCAGUACAAGCAGUUUGUGCCCAACGUCGCGGAGCAGACCUUGGGUGCCAGCGGGAAAGCAGAGGGCAAAAUCAGCCGCCACUCAGAACACUUCAAGGAUCUGGUGCCCAAUUACAACCCUGACAUCAUCUUUAAGGAUGAAGAGAACACAGGUGCAGACCGGUUGAUGACUGAGCGUUGCAAGGAUAGAGUGAAUGCCUUGGCCAUUGCUGUGAUGAACAUGUGGCCGGGCACCAGGCUGCGCGUGACGGAGGGCUGGGAUGAAGAUGGACAUCACCUGCCUGACUCUCUGCACUACGAGGGCCGGGCACUGGACAUCACAACGUCCGACCGGGACAGAGAGAAGUACGGCAUGCUGGCCCGCUUAGCGGUCGAGGCUGGCUUUGAUUGGGUUUACUAUGAGUCCAAGGCACACAUCCACGUGUCUGUGAAAGCAGAUAACUCCAUGGCUAUCCGUGCUGGCGGCUGCUUUCCUGGUGAUGCAGCAGUGACUUUGCCGAACGGUGAAACAAAAGGUCUUUCGCAGCUUCGCCGUGGGGACUACGUGCUCAGCAUGGACCAGAGCGGGCAGGUGGUGCCCAGCGAGGUUUUGCUGUUCCUCGAUCGAGACCAGCACCGGCAGACCACCUUCGUGGCCAUCGAGACGGACAGCCCUGUUCACCUGCUGCUCCUCACUCCCUCACACCUAAUUUUUGCCACGCAGGAGCCGGCCAACAGCACCGCUGACUUCUCUCCGGUGUUCGCCAGCCGGGUGCGUGUGGGGGACUCGGUGCUGGCGCGCCCGGCGGGCAACCCUCGGUUGCACCCUGCCCGGGUGGUCCGUGUCUGGCGGCAGGAGGGCGUUGGCGUGUAUGCCCCCUUGACUUCCCAUGGCACCAUUCUGGUCAAUGGGGUGCUGGCGUCCUGCUAUGCUGUGCUUGAGAGCCACUGCUGGGCCCAUCGUGCCUUCACCCCGCUACGGCUUGUCCAUGGCCUCUUCUCGCUGUGGCCUCUGCACGGGGAGGCCAGGAACUGCAGCACCCAGGACACAGGCGUGCAUUGGUACUCACGAUUUCUGUACCAGCUGGCAUGGGGUGUGCUGGGUCAGGGCACCCUUCGCCCAUAGAGGUUUGCAUGACCUUUUGUUUGCCAUACAGAUUUAAACUCCUCAAGCCAUAAGGUGACGGUAGGGUGAUGGACUCCAUCCUGGUCCCACACCUUGUUGGCCUUGGCUGGAUAAUGAUUCUGUAGCUGAUGCCUCCUUAACACAACAGCGUUGGCAGCUGAAAGAGGGCACAGGUAGGGGGAAAGGGGGUCAUACCAAGAGUCUGACCUGUAUGUCUGUAGGAGUUGGAUUGCAUGAUUAGGUCAACUGAUAUGAAUGCUCCUGCUGUGGGCUGCAUAGAGAAGACACUGGAUUAUCUACAGCUGUGUCUACAGAGCUUGCAAACAUCCCAAGCACUCUGUGCUAAAUUUAGGGGAGGAACACAAAGUCAGUAAACCCACAGCCUGAUUUUUAGAGGGUGGGAUGGACUACCUCCAUUUCCCAUCCUUGUCCUGAUCUCUGCUUGGCAUUAGUGUAAAGCCAGGUGGGGCUCUCCUCCCCCAGCAGCUGCUUAACUGGAUUAGUGGAGGAGGAGGAGCAUGGAGGGACGAAGCAGAAAUGAGAUCUGAUGGCUUCAAGCAGCAAGGGGGGGGGUUGGGGAGCGGUUCUGUGUUCUUUCCCCCCAUCUCCAGAGAUGCAUUUGAAACACAGUGUGCACAGGGUCACUUUAACUUGGCAUCCUUUACCUACCUGAGUUUGAACACUGGAUUCAAGAGGAGGAGGAGGAGGGGUACAAGUGGGGAGACUCCAGCCUCUUCCAGGGAAGAGACGCUCUUGUACAGGCUGGAACAAUGGAAUGAUCUCGUGAUGGGGAGCGAUGACACCCCCAUUCUCUUCUCUGCCACCUGGGCCUUGAUCAAGCCCUGACUGCACUUUUCUAUUGCCAUUGAAGGUUGGACAGGUCCACCUUAAUACUUCCUUAUGAAACUUCAAAUCCAUGCCGUUCUUAUGACGUCUGCUAUAACAGGAUUAACUCUUAGCUGCCGCUCCAGAGUUUUUAUUUUUAUAUUUAUAUAAGCAGUAAAUUAAAUUUGGUCUAAUGCCACUUCUUGUCUCAUGUUGGGUAUUAAUUUGAUCUUUUGCCAGAUAGAGGAAGGGGAGGAGUUGGUUAUUUUUGUAAGCUGUUUUAACUACUACUUCUUUCAUAAUAG